ACCGCUGGCUCUCGGCUACCCAUUCGAAGAGGAAAAUCAUUUUUUUGCGGUUUUCCUCCUUUAAUCCCAUUCUGAACGGCUAGGAAAAACUGUCUUUCAUGACGAAAUCCUUCAUGUUUGGUUUCUUGAAAACUCUCAGCCGUAAUCCAUCAUUCAGACGAGAUUUAUUUUUAUAACUCCGCUGAGGAAAACAACAAUAUGGCUUCCGUUAGUAAUCACGGAAACUCCAUAGUCAUUGAAGACGACAGCCAAUUUCAGCAACAACUCAAUCAAGCUGGGAACAGACUGGUCGUGGUAGAUUUUAAUGCAUCUUGGUGUGGCCCAUGCCGUAUGAUGGCCCCUGUGUUUUCAAAUUUGAGUGUGAAAUAUUCAGCAGCUGUUUUUCUGACUGUUGAUGUUGAGAAGUGUCAGUCUGUGGAUCCUAAGAGAGUUGCAACAGGUCGUAGCUGGGACUGUUUUGAACAGCUCCUGGACAACCCGCGGGAAGUCUUCAUGGAUGUGUCACAGCUUCUGCUUAGGUUUGCAUCCAACAUCAUCAACAAUCCUGAUAAUCCAAAGUACCGAGCCAUUAAAGUCAGCAACAAGAUUUUCCAGUCACGGCUUCUUCCAGUAAAUGGAGCUGUGGAAUGCCUCUUCACCAUGGGAUUCAAAGAGAGAGGUGAUCAACUAGUGUGCCCACAAGGUGAAUCCUUAGAAAAGAUGUUGAUUCUUCAGGACGCGUUGAAUGACGAGAGAAGUCGUCAUGGCACUGCACAGGAACUUGAACCUACUCCAACUCCAGCACCAGUCAACCAACCUCAAAGCAAUGGUCCUUCAUGCGCACAACCAACUAUUGUUUCCAGUCCAGCUGCUAAUCCGUCGGACAAGGAAAGGGACUUUCUUUUGAGACUUCAUAGCUCGUUACGACAUGUGCUUCUUUACGAAGAUAAAGAUUUGCAACGAAGAGCGCGGGAAAUGAUUCCCUUGGCUGAGUUAGAGAAGAGAGCCAAAGAAGCCAGCGAGAGAACUAAGCAGGGAGGGGAUGGUGGGGUAGAUGAAAGAGAUUGCCUUGUGUUAGAACUUCUAAAUUGGUUUAAAGGUACUUUUUUCAAGUGGGUGGACAAACCUUCCUGCCCGUCAUGUGGUUCUCUGACGUUCGCUAUUGGUGUGGUUCCCCCGACACCUGAGGAAAUGGCCUGGGGGGCUGGGAACGUGGAGAGUUAUAAAUGUGUUUACUGUGGAAAGGUUACAAGAUUCCCAAGAUACAAUCACCCUGCAAAACUUUUGGAAACACGCAGAGGCCGAUGCGGUGAAUGGGCCAAUUGUUUCACAUUAUGCUGUCGAGCUAUAGGAUUUGAGGCGCGACACAUUUUGGAUUGGACAGAUCACGUAUGGACAGAAGUGUAUUCUGAAGCUCAGCAGAGAUGGCUGCAUUGUGACUCCUGUGAAAACGCCUGCGAUAAACCGCUGCUUUAUGAGGCUGGCUGGGGAAAGAGACUCAGUUAUAUCAUAGCGUUCUCUCAUGAGCAGGUUUUGGAUGUGACAUGGCGAUACUCUGCCAAGCAUGACGAGGUGAAAAAGGCGAGAAAUUUAGUGUCAGAAGCCUGGUUAGUGGAGACGUUAAACAGAAUGACUGAAGAGCAUCAAAGAAACCUUAGUGAAGCUAGGCGAAAAGCUUUGGCGGAGCGUCAGGUGAAGGAAUUGGUUGAGUUCUUUACCAUAAAGUCUGUGCGUCAUGAUGAACUGCAGGGACGAGUGUCAGGUUCUUUGGCCUGGAGGCUGCUUCGAGGCGAAACAAAACAACAAGCAGAUGAAGAGAAGCACGAGCCUUAUAUUUAUAAACCUACUGACGAGGAAAUCAAGGAAAAAAGACUACGCCUGUGCUUUAAUUGCGUGACGAAUAAAUAUUUCCGAGGUUAUGAUAGAGAGUUAGAUCUUUCUGGUUGGCAGUCGAGAGUGGCUUCAUUCAGUUCUAUCACACGUAAAGUCGAGAGGGACUGGAAAAUGGUUUACCUGGCGCGAACAGAAACUGCUUCAACUGGCCAUAUAACCUGGCAAAUAGAUUUAAAUUCCUGUGAUCUUGUGAUCGACAGUGUUACAAUAAUAGCUAGGAGCGACACUUUUCAGACUGGACGGGUGGACUGGAAACUAAGUGGGGAUGAGGAGAAUCAAGUAGAAAUGCUAUCAGGAGGCCAGGAAUCCACCAUAACGUCCGUACUCAGUGGCUCCAAAACUCUCAAAUUGACGGCCACGAUCAGUGGCGGGAAAGGAGACGUUGCUUGGCAACACGCUCAGAUUUUCCGUCAGUCGUUCACCAGUCAAAGUGAAUAUCCCUUGGAUAUCUUAGUCUCUAUGAAAGAACCUUCACGUGAUACUCAUCUUUAAGGCUUGUGACCCUAGAGUUUGCUGCUACAGUAAAAUCCUACUGAAAUGAGCUCGUCGCACGAGCAAAUUGUUAACAACACAGUUGUCAAACUCGAGCAUGCGAAAGGGCAUUAAUCCAGGCCGUCCGUAUGUCAAUUUCCCGCGCAAAAUUCUAAAGGAAAACCUAAGAAACAACCGUUGUCUUGCAAAAUAAGGAAAAGAAAAUUUAAACGUUCAUCGAUAUCUGUAAUUGGGGAAAAAGUAAGGAAGGGGAAAACUCGUGACUUAUCGAACACAAAACCUUUUCAAAUACGGAUAUCCCGUUGAUUUUAGCUUAACCAAAAUUACUCUGUCAACUCUAAGAUAUCAGUUGGCUGAAGUAAAUCAGUUUUUUUUUUUAUAACGAACCCCGAUAUAGCCAAGAAACUUCUUAAGACCAGCCAUUCGUAAAAGCAAUGUUUGAAUGUCAUAGAAUGCUUUCGUUACUUGUCAAACCGACCGAGUUUUUUACAUUAGGGUUUUACUGUAGUUUACAUUUACUGUAGCUUAUAUUUAACAGAUAGCGGAAAACUUAGUUCAUUACAUUCUAUAGGAGUCAAAAUAUUUAGUUGUCUAGUCGAAUUUACUCGUUUUAAGAAUUCAUUCUCGACUUGUUCUUUGCAUUUUCUGUCUGCAUUUAUUCGUAACUUCUGUGGCAGUUUCCAGACUCAUUAAUAGUAAGUAGAUAUGAUGCAAGUACAGUAAGAUUUAAAUUCACCAGAGUGUAGAGCAUAGUGAAGAAAAGAAAUUAAAUUCUUAACGUGAGGAACUUGUGAUAUGCAUAUGGUAGGUUAAUUAAAAUGAAGUUUAGAAUAAAGUAUGUGAUUUAAAAAAA